AUGGUGUGCUGCUGCGCGAGCGCGUGCUGUGCGGGCGUGCUGUGCGCGGUGCUGUGGCAGCGCUUCACUGCGGUGCCGGCACUUAUCACGCUGCGGGACCUGAGCUUUGACAAACAAAUGAUGCAUUUAUCUAUCAUCGCCGCAUGCCCUUCAGCUGAGAGCAUUGCUCAGUUAUUCCAGCAGAAUUUAGUUACGGAUACGGAGAUUAGAACAAGGUUACCGUCAAUACUCAACCUCGUGCUUAGUAGGAAGCCUCUAGCUGACAGCCAGGUGACGCUCCUGGACCGAGCUCUGAGCAUUAACAACUUGACGCUGACGGAGGCUCUCUUUAUACUGGUGCCAGCCUGCGACAGCUUGAUACGAACGUGCCGUUGGUUAACCGUGACGCUGCCCUGCGCGGAUCUCUUUAAUAAAGAGAUGACGCAGUGGGGAGUCUGUUGCGUUAUGCGACCCAAUCAAAUACAAUUGGCGAAGCCUGUGACGUCGCAACUGCAGAUAAUAAAGAAACUACAUAUUGGAAUUCAAUUAUCGAAUGAAACGCUCCUUCACGGUUGCGAGAUAUUCACAGAGUACCCCGGCGAAGAGUUGGUGGAACCGAUCUCGCUGAUUCCUGGCUACAGUUAUUUCGGUUACCUCAAGUUCACGUCAAUGGUGGAGAGCAAAGUUGAGAAGUUGGUGAACGAUAAGUGUAUUUACAGAGAAUUAUAUACAAAGAGAAACUGCUUGUUACAAUGCAUUGAAACAAAUUGUGGCUGCUCCGAUCCUUUAGAAUUUAAUGACAUUACAAAAACAUUGGUUCUCCCCACUUGCACUGUUACGAAAAUGAACUGUUUGAGAACGUUUUUACAUGGUAAAUAUUUUAUGGUUGUUAAAUAUUAA